GUUGUUGCUUAUCAAGCAUCAACAAAUUGAGACAUAAAUCAAAUAAUUACACCUCGUAAUAAUUAGAACGCGUUUAACACCACUUUUUGAUUAAGACAGAGAUGUUUGCAGCCAUCAGCCCGCGAUUCUGUGUGGUCAAUUUUGAUUAUGACAUUUUGGUUGUCAUCGCGUAAAACCUGCCUUGUUUCGUUUGCCUUUUGGUAAAAGAAAAUAUUGUAUUUAAAGGAAGUUAAUAAUGUUUUGUGCAUAUACACAUUUGGGAAGCCUGGGGCGAAAGCCCACACAUAAUCGCUAUAUUGCAAGGACAAGAACAGCUGGUGAAAGGAGAACGGCGGAAACAAGACCUUACCAAUUUGAUUUGAUGAGAGACUUAUCACAGCUUGUAAACAAGUCUCCCCGUAAUAUUAAACGAAUAAUGGAACACAAUGCCUGCUCUCGUUCAUUCUUCAACCCACAACGGAUAAAUGAUGUACUAUCAAGAACGAAAACCACUAUUACCUCGAAUGGUAUUUGUGUAAGUGUGGAUAUCGGCUUACCCAUGCGAAAGCGUGCCAAACACUUGAUUGAUAUCACUUUUAGUGCAUCUGGACAGAUGAAUUCAAAGUUACUUGUCCCAUUAUUUGGCCAACAAAUAGGUUUUGUUCGACAUUUCAAAACGGAUCGCUCUAUUGAUGCAGAGAUGAAAAGGAAUCCUACAAUAUUUUCUAGAUUAAAAACAGCUUUCGGCGGAAGCUCACAAAAAAUUGAUGCGGAAAUGUCUCAAGUACAAGCGGAAACAUUAAAAAAAUUGCUUCAAAAAAGUAGUGAACAAGGACAAAAGAAAAAUGAAGUGGAUAAUAUUAAAAUAGCCUUUGCCGAAGGGUAUUUGGCUGCUACAAACUCCGAUGAGUCACCUAAAUCGGGGAAAACUAUGAAAUACCUUAAAGUUUUUCAACAACUAUUAGUAAUAGUUGUCUUCAUUGGAAUAUUUCUAAGUUUGUUUUCGUCCUCAAAUGGUUCUAUGUUUAGUAGAAUACAACUGGGCAACCAAGUAGAAGUAGAUCCAGAAGAAAUUCAUGUGACAUUUGAUGAUGUUAAGGGAUGUGAUGAAGCGAAACAAGAGUUAAAAGAGGUCGUGGAAUUUCUUAAAAGUCCUGAAAAGUUUUCCAAUUUGGGGGGUAAAUUGCCAAAAGGUGUGCUAUUAGUUGGACCUCCUGGUACUGGCAAAACACUACUUGCCCGUGCGGUGGCUGGCGAGGCAAACGUUCCAUUCUUCCAUGCUGCUGGUCCUGAAUUUGAUGAAGUACUCGUUGGCCAGGGAGCAAGACGUGUACGCGAUCUAUUUAAAGCAGCAAAGCAGCGUGCCCCUUGUGUGAUUUUUAUCGAUGAAAUCGAUUCAGUUGGAGCAAAACGAACGAAUUCAGUUUUACAUCCAUAUGCCAACCAAACCAUUAAUCAAUUGUUGGCAGAAAUGGACGGUUUCCACCAAAAUGCAGGUGUAAUCGUAUUAGGCGCCACAAAUAGGCGAGAUGAUCUUGACCAAGCCUUAUUGCGGCCAGGACGAUUUGAUGUUGAGGUUGUGGUAUCCACCCCAGACUUUACUGGUCGAAAGGAAAUCCUUUCACUUUAUUUAGCAAAAAUUCUUCAUGACGAAAUUGAUUUGGAUAUGUUGGCUCGAGGUACAUCUGGUUUUACAGGUGCAGAUUUGGAGAAUAUGAUAAACCAAGCAGCUUUAAGAGCCGCUAUAGAUGGGGCCGAAACCGUAACAAUGAAACAUUUGGAAAGUGCACGGGACAAAGUUUUAAUGGGUCCCGAAAGAAAGGCCCGGUUACCUGAUGAAGAGGCAAACCUUAUCACAGCGUACCACGAAGGUGGUCACGCUAUUGUUGCUUAUUAUACUAAGGAAUCACACCCAUUGCAUAAGGUUACAAUAAUGCCAAGAGGUCCUUCACUUGGUCACACUGCAUACAUUCCUGAAAAGGAGCGUUACCAUGUGACUAAAGCUCAACUUCUAGCCAUGAUGGAUACAAUGAUGGGAGGAAGAGCAGCGGAAGAGUUAGUUUUUGGUGUGGAAAAAAUCACAUCCGGGGCGAGCAGUGACUUAAAGCAAGCUACUUCCAUCGCAACGCAUAUGGUCAAAGACUGGGGUAUGUCGGAGAAGGUGGGGCUUCGCACAUUUGACAAUGCAAAAGGACUUGUUGCAGCGGAAUCAUUAGGCCCAAAUACGGUAGAAAUAGUUGAUGCCGAGAUAAAGCGAAUUUUAAAUGAAAGUUACGAGCGCGCUAAGGCAAUAUUAAGGAAACAUACGAAAGAACAUAAGGCAUUAGCCGAGGCGUUACUAAAGUACGAAACUCUUGACGCGGAAGAUAUAAAAGCUAUAAUGAAUGAUUCGCAUUAGCUGCAUUAUAUUAAAAUUAAAAAUAUUUGGUAAAACUUUUAACAAAAAAUGGUAAAUAAAGACUUAAGCUGUUAAGCCUGGCUAAACAUUUAUAAAUAAGA